AUGUUGUCAGGUGCUGAAAUAUAUUGUUCCUGGGAUGGUUGGUUGCUAAUGUCUAAAGAUAUGGAGUCCAUAUUCUUCUUCAAUCCUUUUACAGGGGAGCAGGGUGAAUAUCCAAGACACGGAAUGUUUAGUAUAGCUGGAAUGGGCUUUUCAACUUUGCCAACUUCUUCAGACUGCACGACUCUUGUAAUUUGCGGUCAUGACGAUACAGGUCUUUCCUUUAUUCAUUCAAGGGAGAUGGCAUGGAGAUACGUUUACCAUAUUAAUUGUCGUGAUUUCAGAGCAAUCUGCAACCCAGUUUUUCUAGAUACAACUUUCUACGUACUGGGUUCAAAUGGGAAUUUAGGAGUCUUCAACUUAAACAUAUGGGAAGGCCAUUGUGAUGUUCUUGCAAAACCCGCAAGGCCCUGCAAUUCCUUUUCCCAUGGCUACUUGGCAGAAUAG